AUGUCGGGAUAUCCCAAUGAUGAACGCUAUGGACACCCUUUGAGCCCUCCUCCGCCUGCGGAUUUGUACCACUACAACCAAUUCAAUAACCCCGGUCCUCCACCGACAAGCACACCCAAUCCAUAUCCACCAAACCCAUAUCCGGCAUCACAGACACCGAACCCAUAUCCCCCGUCACAGACACCAAAUCCUUAUCCACCAACAACCACACCUGGACCGUACCAACAACAGCAACAGCAAUAUUCAGCCUAUCCACCACCGCCCCAGAGCCAUACGCCAUUACCUCAGUCAUACUCCAAUCCGAAUCCGUUUGAUAGGCCGCCUAGCACACCGUAUUCGGUCGCACCCAGCCAUUCGUAUCAGGAUCCGUUUGUGAACCCGGGAACACCUGCGACCUACCCUAUUCGGGAAGAACACACCGGAUACGACUAUACCCAGAGCCAAGGCCGCUACACUGGAGUCCCGUUACAUGACGACGGGUACGUAGAUGUCGGACGCGAAGUCGAUGACCAAGACCACGGAGAGACCCCGUUGCUCAAUCCGCAUGUAAGCAUCACCCCGAGUGAGACUGACCACGCCGAACCCGAACCAUCGAAUAUCCAUUAUGGAGCGAUCCCGCAACGUCAGCCUAGACGAUACAAGACGAUCAAGAAGGUCCCACUGUUUCACGGGAACUUUGUUAUCGAUACUGCUGUCCCGAGUAAAUUGUUGGAUAUGUGUGCGCUGAGGAACGAUCGGGAGUUUACGCAUAUGAGAUAUACAGCUGCGACGUGUGAUCCUAAUGAUUUCUUGGAAGAACAAUAUACCCUACGACAACGCAUCCACCCUGUUCCACGCCGAACUGAACUUUUCAUCGUCAUGACCAUGUACAACGAAGACGAGCAGCUUUUUACGCGUACCAUGCAUGGCGUGAUGCAAAACAUCAAACAUCUCUGCGAACGCAAACGAUCUAAAAUGUGGGCCAACGAAGGCUGGAAAAAGGUCGUAGUCUGUAUCGUGUCCGACGGACGAAUGAAGAUCAAUUCGCGCACCUUGAGUACGAUUGCGGCCAUGGGUGUCUACCAAGAGGGAAUCGCCAAGAAUAUGGUCAAUAAUAAACCCGUGACAGCGCAUAUCUACGAGUACACGACUCAGAUAUCGGUUACGCCCAGUAUGCGCAUCGAAGGUGCCGAGCGCGGAACCAUGCCAUGCCAGAUUAUCUUUUGUCUCAAGGAAAAGAACCAAAAGAAGAUCAACUCGCAUAGAUGGUUCUUUAAUGCUUUCGGGCGUGUGCUUGAACCCAACGUUUGUGUUCUCCUUGAUGUUGGCACGAGACCGGGUCCGACAAGUAUCUACCACUUAUGGAAGGCGUUCGACAUCAACUCGAACGUUGGAGGCGCAUGUGGAGAAAUUGUAGCUGACCGCGGAAAGUUUGGAGUCAACUUGCUUAAUCCACUCGUCGCGGCUCAGAACUUUGAAUAUAAAAUGUCCAACAUUCUCGACAAACCCCUCGAGUCCGUUUUUGGUUAUAUCACAGUCUUGCCCGGUGCCUUUAGCGCUUAUCGGUACAUCGCGCUUCAGAACGAUUCGACAGGUGAAGGCCCGCUUCAAAAGUACUUUUUAGGCGAAAAGAUGCACGGUGCCGAUGCGGAUAUUUUUACGGCCAACAUGUACCUUGCCGAGGAUCGUAUUCUAUGCUGGGAGCUGGUCUCGAAAUUGGGCGGCUCAUGGACGCUCCAUUACGUCAAAUCUGCGUACGCUGUGACUGAUGUGCCGGACCAAGUUCCUGAACUGGUCAGUCAACGUAGGCGUUGGUUGAACGGUAGUUUUUUUGCUGCUGUGCAUUCGACUGUCAAGUUCAAUUAUAUCUACCGUAGCUCGCACUCGGUCGCUCGUAAAGCAUGGAUCCAUGUCGAAUUGUUGUACCAGACGUACAACCUCUUGUUCAGUUGGUUCUCACUCGGUAAUUACUACAUCGCAUUCGUUAUUCUCACACAAUCUAUGGGAGACCUUGGCCCGGGAGCGCUCAAAAUUUUGAAUACUAUUCUCAACUACUUUUACCUCGGAAUGCUCGUCAUGUGUUAUUUGCUUUCGUUGGGAAAUCGGCCUCAGGGGUCCAAAUUCGGAUACACGAUGGCCUUCAUUGGGUUCGCGUUGAUUACGAUUUACAUGACUUUUGCAGCAUUCUUCCUCGCCGUUCGUUCCAUCCAGACUAUAACCGCAUCAGAAGGGCCUCUCACUUUCAACGACUUUUUCACAAAUACGAUUUUCCGAAACGUCGUUAUUUCGAUUGCUGCGACGCUAGGACUGUACAUUGUCGCUUCAUUAUUAUUCGCAAGUCUCUAUCGUUUUUCUCCCCUUUUUGGCAUGACUAAUAGCUUUGAUUAUAUUAAUGUGCUCAACGUGUAUGCUUUUGCCAAUGUGCAUGACGUCUCGUGGGGAACCAAGGGUGACAACAAGGUUUCGAAAGACUUGGGAGUCGUCGCGACGGGUAAAGACGGUGCGACGGUCGAGGCGGCCGUUCCAACAGAUCAGAAGGAUAUUAAUGCCGCGUACGAGGACGCUAUGGCUGUUCUGAGCUCCAAGCCACCGGUGAUUGAUCAAAAGCGAGAUGCGGCGACCAAGCAGGAAGAUUACUAUCGUAGUUUCCGAACCAAUGUACUGUUGAGCUGGACACUAAGCAACGCCUUGUUGGCUGCGGUGGUGACGAGCGCAACGACGACGAACCCGAAUGCGGUGGGAGGGUACAUGUCGUUUAUCUUGUACUCGGUAGCGGGAUUAGCGGCCGUCCGGUUUUUGGGCUCGACGGCGUACAUGAUCAUUCGUCUGUUUGCUGGAGAGUAA